AGUCAAUCCGAAUAAAACGCACUGCGUUUAAAAUCAAUUUACAACUUCAGAGUAAGUUGAAGGGAGCGAAGCAAACUGCACAGCCCCCAAGUCACUUGGAUUUAAGUACGAUCAGCGCUAAGAAACAGUUGUUAUUGUAAGAUGCGAGAAAAGCACAGGCGGCAGGUGACAUUUGGAAAGGGGAGCAGAACUACCAGCAAGGUAUGUAGGCUGAGGACCUCGGGGCAACAGGUCCCGAGCCCGAACCUCAGCCCCCGGAAGGGUCGGUCGCUGCCGCCCGCUCGCCGCCGCCCCGCCCGCGCCGCCUCGCCCCCGCUUCGGCCCGCGAGCAGCAGCCGCCGCCCCCGCGCCUGCGGCAAAACCUCGCAAGCGCUCGCUCCCCGCGGCCUCUCGACCCGCAGGCCCUCCGACUCUCGGCGCCGAGGCCGCCCGGGCCGCUGCUUGCUCCCCGGGCCCGUCGCCCGGGCCCGCUCACCUGCACCUGUCUGCGGGAGCGGCGCGGCCCGGGCACCGCCGGCGGCCAGGAGCAGCAGCAGCGCGGGCGGCCCCAGCAUCUCGCCUCCGCCGCGGCCCCAGGACAAGUUCUCGGAUCGCCUCGUCCGUCUGUCCGUCCGUCCGCUGCCUCAGCGACACCCGCGCCGGCUGCUCCCAAGCACACGUCGCUUCAGCCAAACCGCAGCCCGGAUCCUGGUCCGCACCCGCUGCUCCGGCCACAGAAACACCAUCCUUCCCGCCCGCCGCCUGCCUGCACCGCCUGCGCCACCGCCGCCGCUUCUCAACAGCAGCAACGGCAGCAACCCUGCGGAGCCGCGCGCCGGGGAAGACGAGCUCCCGCCGCCAUGAUGGGCUGCGUCAUGUGACGUAUGGUGGGGGCGGGACCCCGCGAUACACAGAGCAGCCAGCCAAUCGCCAGUCCCGCUCUGGCCCGGGAGGCCCCACCCAUCACCCUGACGGUGCAGGGUGGCCGCAGGGUGCGCCCCCUACAGACGGAGAAGAGCGUGGGCAGCAAGUAACGCUGACAAUUAUUUUAGAUUUAAAAAUACCGGCAAGUAUAAAGAAAACAAUAAAAGCAUUCGGCAUC